CAAGCACGAGAGGUCCGUGCACUCUCACGACUACUAGACAUCUCUUUCCUGCUUAUUCCUUGUCUACGAUCCAGGGCGCAGCGCUAUCGUCGCUUUGUCUGCUGGUUCUUCCAUUCAAUACCACAAAAAUGCCUCCCAAACACUCCCUGGAUGCGCCAACCAGACCACCCUCUGCUGUGACGCGCAUUCGUACAACAUCAACACCCACCGUUAAGAGAAGUCAUAAGGCCAACUUCAAUCGACUAUGCACUCUCCACAAUUGGACACCGUCAGAAAAGGUGCGCGACAAGCUGGCCGAUCUACUAAGCCUUUCUGGACCACGACUCCAAUCAAGUGAGCUGCUUCCGCUCGCAUUCGUCCAGUUUUACCCUUUCAUCUGGGUCCAAGAUAUGCUUCUUCUCGGAUACAACGAAGCAAACGACAGCGUCUGGUACAAGGCUCACCCAGCCGAAGGAGGAAUAGCAAGAGGCCGCUACUACAACUCAGCUCAAGAGAACUUCAGAGGCAAACAAACCGUCACAAGGUACUGGCAAUCGUGGGUUGACGUAUUUGACAUUGACAAACAAGGAUUAGACCGAUCGCAUGAGUUCUUCACUGGUGUCUAUCUCAUUCUGAAGAAGUUCCCUAACCUUCGCUACAAAACUUUGAAAGGACAAUCGAGAGACGUUCAAAGUGCAUUUCGCGAGACUGGAAUAUCAGAACAUCCGUUCAAUGAUGAUCAUAAGUUCAUGCAAGACAAGUCCGACAAUUCGAACGAGAUCGAACAUGAAGAAUAUGAAACUAGCCUCGAAGGAGAAAGAAACGAAAUGUCUAAGGAGCAGCGUGGAAACAAGUACAUCAAGGAGGAGCGAGCAGGCUCGUAUGUCAACGAAGAUCGUUCAAACUCCUACUCUGGCAUAGUGUCAAUGCAAAUGGACUACCGCGCCAAAUUGCGCGCACUGGAGACGUCUUCGUUGCAGCGGGAUGCUUCGACUACCCAGACUACAGAAGAACGACCAGGCCAACAUGAAAAUCACGCUCGUUCCAGUAUGUUGUCUCGUCCACUAUUAAUGCAUCUCAACUCCCGCGCCAAGUCACGCGAGCAUCAGGCGGCAUCCUCUCCGAAGGCCAAUCGCCACAGCACAGAAAGGAAAUCAGGCCAAGAUGGCAAUAUCGUUGCUUCUAACCCCCCUCGUGGCUUGCGUACGUCAGAGUCACAUCUCCGGGCGGACUCGCGCGAGUCUGGAACGAACAUAACAUCACAGUCAUAUCCUCAGGCUGGGGACAGGCGAGCAGGCACAUACAGCGCGACUGACAACCUGAACGUCCCCUCGGACUUGGUGUUGUUGGAGCAAAAACUCGGCGCAAACCCGCGUCGUUCUUCCAACCACAAAGCAGUGGAUGGGUUGGGUUCGUAUGAUACCGACGAUGAUGGUUUGACAUCUCUUCCUUCGAAGGCACGCAAAUUGGCCCCCCAAACUGCCUCGAGUAGGCCGAACAUGGCCCGAUCCAGAUACUUCGAUCGCGCUGAUGACGAGACCGGUGGUCGAGGCGAAGAAAGCAGAAGAGAGACCGGAUCUUUACCUACUCAGCCAGUCAAGGGAUACAAUACCCGCGCCCGCACCGCCAUCUCGCGUAUGUCGAAACCUGCUCAGGUUGCCGCACUAAGGAAGCCGCGUCCCAGGCCAAAGCCCAGCAUCGAGGACGACAUGACACCUUCUACCCACGGAACCGAACCGUCUGGUCAAGCAGUCUCGCAUGUCGAUAUCCAGCAAGCAAGCGAGGAUAGAGACUUGGCUUUCGACCAAGGCAGCCAAAUCCAUUCGGUACAAGACGUGGAGUUGGGCGACAACCUGGUUGCCGCUCCCACUGCACCCACAAAGUCUCGUGUCAUUCACAAAGACAACCAGAGCUUCCGAGAAUCCACCUUCCAGAUCCCCAUUGAAGAGUUCUUCACAUGGUCGACGUCUGAGUUUGAUUACGUAUCUGGACCCUCCAUCGAGACGGUCCCCGAGCAACCGGUUAUUUUGACCGAACCAGCAGCUCCGGGCUUUGCCUUCUCAAACUAUGAGACAAUCGAGUCUGUGCCGGUUGCUCCCUCAAACCACGAGACAGUCGAGUUUGCUUCUGUGGAGGACGAGGACGAUCAGAUUAAGGACGAGGAUAUGGUCAAGGAUGAAGAUUUUUGAACAGUCUGAAAACGAAUAAGCAGCUUGAUCGGGGUUGUGGGAAUGCAAGAUUAUUUUCGGACAAUGGAGAUUGCCCAAGGAAAAGGUCAAGGAAGCGGGCUCGAUGGAAGAGCGGACCAAGUGGAGAAAGGUUUUGCAUUUCACGGGCGUCAAACGCGUUUCCCAAAGAAUGAUCCAGAUUGAUGGACAGAGAAGGAGCGAAGAUGCUUUUCAGCACCGAGGUUGAACAAAGGAAAGAGUCAACGACGAACAUAGCUUAAUUUUCAAAUGAAGAAAACCCAC